AUUUUGUAUAGCCACAUGCAAACAGCUGCUCAGUAACCAUUUUGCUUUUCUACCACUUAACCACCGCUCCGUUCAUUCGUUUACUCCCUCCCUCUCCUUUUACAAUGCCAGGUUCAAUGGCCUUCUCUCUCUUUUUCUCGUUCUUUCUUGGUGUUAUUGGAGUUGGUGCAGAGACACAUACCAUAAGGUUUAUCAACCAAUGUGGUUACGGAACCCCGUGCUUGGUUGCGAAUGGUCGCAACGUAUCUACUGGACAGGACUAUGUCGUCGAUAGCAUGUUUUCCGGAAUCGCAUACUUACAGACCGGACAAUGUGACACUAAUGGCGAAGGUUGCACGUUGCUCGAGAUGAAUUUGGUCAACCCGACCUGUGCGGGGUGUGGUUCCAGCGUCGAUAUCUCACUCAUUGACCCUCAUCGUUUCAAUGUGGAAGCUUCUUUUGCGUAUUACAACGGAUGUGACGGAUUUGGAGCCGAUUGCAACAGCCCCAACUGCGCCGUAGCUUUCUAUGCCCCAGAAGACUGGUAUGCCCAACGUCAAUGUGAAACUAAUGAUGUGGACCUCCUCAUUGCAUUUUGUGCCAACGCAUCCGAGCUUGUAUCGGGCGCGAGUGUUCCUUCUUCAGCCCCUUCGAGCUCCACCGUCCUGAGCACUUAUUUGCCACAAACCACUGCGACAUCGACAGGGGCAGCUCUAUCAAGCCCUGCCACGUCGCAGAAGGAUUUACCUACCUCCAUCAAAGUUAUCAGUACACCAACCUCCACUGAUAGCAGCGACCCAUCAUCCACCCCGAAAAAAUGUCGGAGGAAGUCAAGUAGCGCUGCCACUGUUGCAAAGCGCGAACCCACGGGACUGGUGUCGAGGAUACACCGCCAGCGUCGGUCCUUCUGAGGAUGAACUCUGUUCAUCCUCUAGUUUUUUUUACAGUUAUUGAUUAACUACAAGCGAGAUUGCUAUUUUUGCUAUGUGCUUUUCGCAGAAUGCCUUGACAUUCUGAUGUUUUGUAUAUCCGGUCUUACUCCGCAUUCACGCAUGCGUGAAUCCUGUUCAUAGGGUGGACGCCCAGGUGGCAUUCCAG